CAUGUGUGUAAAACUCAAAAUGGCUACGCGGCGAGGAGCGUGGUCCGGGGAGGCUGCGGCAAGGCCGGUUCUCUGAGGGGUCGCGGGGUUCUCUCCGAUCAUCAUUCGGUGUCCGUUGCUGACCUGUGUCCACUGUUGGCGGCGAUUUGCGAAGUAUGGACCGGCUGGCGCCGUUUGGCAGUGACCCAUUUGAUCAGCCACCAUGUCGUGGUUGCUCUUCCUACUUAAUGGAACCCUACAUAAAGUGUGCUGACUGUGGGCCGCCUCCUUUGCUUAUAUGCUUACAGUGCUUUACCAGAGGCUUUGAGUACAAGAAGCAUCAAAGUGAUCAUAGCUAUGAAAUAAUGACAUCUGAUUUUCCAAUUUUGGAUCCAAACUGGACAGCUCAGGAGGAGAUGGCAUUACUUGAGGCUGUGAUGGACUGUGGUUUUGGAAACUGGCAAGAUGUCGCCAACCAGAUGCGUACAAAGUCCAAGGAAGAUUGUGAGAAGCACUAUAUGAAACAUUUUGUUAACAAUCCACUGUUUUCCUCAACAUUACUGAGUUUGAAGCAGCCUGAAGAAUCCAAAGACCUUGAUACAGCAAUCACAUUCAGAUCUUCUGAUGAACCACCUAGGCCAGCAUUUGAUUCGGCACUGUCAAGGGACAUGGCAGGAUAUAUGCCAGCGCGAGCAGACUUUGUUGAGGAAUUUGAUAAUUAUGCAGAAUGGGACUUGAGGGACAUUGAUUUUGUAGAGGAUGACUCUGAUAUUUUACAUGCUUUGAAGCUUGCUGUGGUAGAUAUAUAUCACUCCAGAUUAAAAGAGCGACAGCGAAGAAAAAAAAUUCUGAGAGACCAUGGGCUGAUUAACCUCAGAAAAUUUCAGAUUCUUGAAAGAAGAUAUCCUAAAGAAGUUCAAGAGCUCUAUGAAGCAAUGAGACACUUUGCAAGACUAUUGGGACCUACAGAACAUGAUAAAUUUAUUGAAAGCCAUACAUUGGAUUUUGAACUCCGGAAGGAAAUCAGGCGUUUGCAAGAAUACAGACGGGCUGGAAUCUUCACAUUCCGUGGUGCCAAAGUAUAUGACUGCUUGAAGGUGCAUCGUGAAGAGGAACGUCUAAAGCGCUGCAUGCUCACAGAUGUGCUUCAGUGCCUCCAGGACUCCAGUGCUUGUCAGCAGUGGUUACACAGGCAAGCAGCAAUUGAUUCAGGACUAAACCCAGUGGCACCAAUCAUUUCUACUGCAGGUAGGAGAAAUGCACCACCACUGAACCUCACGGGCCUACCUGGAACAGAGAAACUCAAUGAUAAGGAAAAAGAGCUGUGUCAGAUGGUGCGAUUGGUUCCCGGAGCAUACUUGGAAUACAAGUCGGCUUUAAUGAACGAAAGCAGCAGGUUAGGUGGCUUGAAGCUAGCCCAGGCAAGGACUCUCAUUAAAAUAGAUGUGAACAAAACAAGAAAGAUCUAUGAUUUCCUGAUCCGAGAAGGAUAUAUUACUAAAGCUUAAAUGGGCGACCCAAGGCCGGUGUUCAGGAAUGCUGUCACUAGGCAACCUUGACACAUAGCUGACUGUCACCUGGCAACCUCUGAUUUUUUUUGUCAGUGAUGUACAGAAUAGAAAAAAAAUUACAUCAUGUAUUUUUAUUUAUUCUCUUUUUGUAAAAGAUUAGAAUUUGUUCACUGUCAGAUUAUGGAUCUUUUGUGUUUUGGUAAAUGUAGUGUGAAUUCGGCAUAAUAAAACAUGCUUUUUUUAAAUAAAAAUGUAUAUUUAAACUUUUUUAUUACGAAAAAUGAUUAAACUUGCUUGACUGA